AUGACUAGUAUAACACUUAUUCCAGAGUUAUUACAAAAAAUCCUUUCUUAUCACAAGGAAAAUCCAAAAAUAAUUUUUAAAUGCGCUCUAGUAUCAAAAAGUUGGUGUGACACAGCCAUACCAUUCUUGUGGAAGAAACCAUUUCGUUUUUGUUAUUCAACUUUUCAUUACAAGAUCGUUAGAGUUUACCUUCAAUUCUUACCAAAAAAAUUUUUGGACGAACUUGAUUUCAAUCAAAUCAUAACUUCUGAUAAUCCUGCUUAUAAUUAUUUAUCUUUCUUACAAGAACUCGCUUAUCUUACAUUAUAUGAAUCCCUUUUAAAUUUAUUAAAGAAACAACGAUCUUAUAAAACUUUAUCAACAUCCGAAAAAGUUCAAGAUGAUCAACUUUGUCCAAGUUUUCAUCCAUCUAAGCAAUUCAUGAUCAAUAAAAUGUUACCGAUUUUGAACGAACUUUGUAAUUUAUUCAUCAAGAAUGGUACAAAAAUUCUCAAUUUUAACUUAUCGGCACUAUAUAUUAAUUGUAGUUGUAAAUGUAAAACUUCAAGAAAUAUCUCGUCAAUGGAAAUAAAAAAACCACAAUCCCAUCAAAAUAUUUCUCAAUGGGUAACGUUAAUUAAUUCACAAAGGUAUUUACAAAAGCUUAAGUUGGAAAUGUUUUAUAGUAAAUAUUCAUCAAUGAUCGCUUUGGCCAUCCCUUCACAAUAUCAUUCUCUGAAAGAGGUUGAAUUGACUUAUUCCAUGUUAGGACAACCAUCAAAAUUAGAAAAAAUUACUCUUAAUUUAAUAGAUUUUUUUAAAUAUCCAAAGAUCAUCCCAUUCAUUUGUUUAAAUUGUUCUCAAUUAAAAGUAUUAGAAAUAGUUUUGGUAGAAGAAACAUUUGAAAAACUUGUAUCAAUAUUGGAAAAUUGUCAAUUAUUAGAGGAGGUAUCAAUUUGGGAGAAAUUCGAUUGGAUAGGUCAUGAAUUUUAUGAUUAUCAUGAUUCUUAUUUUGGUAAUUACAUGAAUCCUAAUUUAGUUAUAAAAAAGAUUUCAAAUCAUUUACCAAGAAAUCUUAAAAAAUUGCACUUUUCUCAACUUUUUAAUUUCACCUUUGAAGAUAUACAAUACUUGAUUCAAAAUGCUCCAAAUACUUUACAAGAUUUGAAAUUUUAUGCUAUAGUUAAUGAUAAAAAUGAUUAA